UUUGUUUACUUCCGGUGUCGCAGACACCAGGCAGAGAAGCAUCUUUGUAGCCGGGGGGGUCAGUGUGACAGUUCGGGUGACGGCUCUGUGUCCUCCAUCACCGUGUCUGGGGCAUGGCUGCCGAGGAAGAGGAGAAGCCAGUGCCCGAUUCUGGAGCUAUAUUCACAUUUGGGAAAAGCAAGUUUGCAGAGAAUUGUCCCAGCAAGUUUUGGUUGAAAAAUGACAAGCCGGCAUACAUAGCAUGUGGCGAUGAGCACACAGCUUUAGUUACAGGACAUGGCAAACUUUAUGUUUUCGGCAGCAACAUUAAUGGACAACUAGGCAUUGGUUCUGGAAAUGUUAUCACCAAACCAACAUGUGUCAAAGCAUUAAAAUCUGAAAAAAUAAAGCUUGCUGCAUGUGGAAGGAAUCACACUUUGGUUUGUACAGCACAAGGAAAAAUUUACUCUUCGGGCUGGAAUAGUGAAGGACAGCUGGGACUCGGUGACACUACAGAAAGAUCAAGUUUUCAUGAAAUUCUUUUCUUUAAUGGGCAAAACAAAAUCAAACAGCUGUCAGCUGGAUCCAAUACAUCUGCAGCCUUAACUGUGGAAGGCAAGCUUUACAUGUGGGGGGAGAAUUCAGAAGGUCAGCUGGGCCUUGGUGAUGAGAAGAACAUCUGCACGCCUCAGCAGAUAGAUGCUGGAAAGCCUAUUUCUUGGGUUUAUUGUGGCUAUUACCAUUCAGCAUUUGUAACACAAGAUGGGGAGCUAUAUACCUUUGGGGAACCUGAAAGUGGGAAGCUUGGUCUGUCUGCUGAGAAGCUAGACAAGCACAGGAAACCUCAACGUGUCUCUGGUAUAUCUGGAAAGGUAAAGAUGGUUGCCUGUGGUGGAGGACACACCGUUGCAGUCACAGACAAAGCAGUGUAUACCUUUGGCCUUGGUCAGUUUGGACAACUAGGACAUGACACUUCUAUUUUUGAAACAAAUACACCCAAAGAAGUAGAUGCUUUGAAGCUGCAUAAAAUUCGAUAUGUCGCUUGUGGAGAAAACCACACUGCAGUUAUUACAGACAAAGGCCUUCUUUAUACCUUUGGUGAUGGACGAUAUGGAAAACUUGGGUUAGGGGAAGAGAAUUUCACUAACCAGUUUUCCCCUACUCUUUGUAAGAACUUUUUAAAGUUCACCAUCCAGUCGGUUGCCUGCGGUGGCUGUCACAUGCUGGUGUUUGCUAUACCCAGACCUAAAGAAUCUGAACUGGUCAUCUGUGAAGAGCUAAAAGAGAACUACUUAAUGGUCAAUGGGGAGGGAGAAAGAUCGACGACACUACAGAGAUCUCCGUCUGCACGUGUAAGGCGGAGGGAGAAAAAAUAUUCACCUGAACAGAUACGUGAAUUGACCCGCACCCUGCCACCAUUGAAAAAUAAUUUAUUGGAAUCUUCAUUACCUGUUCCAAGCAGGACUGUUCCACCAAACCUUCUAAAAGUAAGACAAGUCAGUAGUGAAUCAAGUGCCCAUGACUCGGCAACAGCCUCACAACCAGACAAAAAACAAAGGCAUGACUUGGUGCAAAGCUUUUCUGCGGACGAUGAAUCUGAAACUGUGAGCCAGCAAAGUUUUGGGGGCACCACCGAUAUUUUGAACAUGACACACGCAGUAAGCAUGAACCGGGGUAACAGCACUUUCUCACCAGUUCACAAGCGAAAGCAGAAAGCAGAUAAAGGUGAAGAGGAAGAGGAGGAUGAAGUAGAAGAUGAAGAGGAAGAGGAGGAAGUGGAGGAUGAAGAGGAAGUUGAAGAAGAAGAAGUUGAGGAAGAAGAAAAUAAAGAGGUAGUAACCGUAAAGACUGAACCAAAAGCACAAGAGGGCAAACCUGAGGAACAAGUGAACACAGCACAAGAGGCCACACAAAUGAAGCAAGAAGAGAGCACAGCCAUCACAAAUGUGGAAAAUGAACUUGAACAAGAUAAAACAGUGAAUGGGGUCAACUCUUCUGAAAACAAUUCGGGCAAAACAACAUUCCUUGAGAAAACUAGAAGAUUAUCGCUCUUUAAAAAAAGGUCAACAACAAGUCAGAAGUCAUUGCAAGAAAAUGGGAAUGUAGCUGCUGCUUCAAAUGAAGAAAAUAGUGAGGAAAAGUCCAGAAUUAAGGAAAGUAAAGAUGAAAAUCAAAAUGGCAAUUCAGAAAAUCCCAAAGUCACCACUGACACUGGGCAAAAUUCUCAAGACCGAAAAUCCAAGUCAUGUGUGUUGUUAUGAGGGGGUGACCUGCAAAAUAGGAACUCGAGACUUAGUCCAUUAGGUCAUGUUGGAUAAGCUGCUUGCUCGCUUGUCCUGUUGAUCCAAAAUAACUGGAGAGCCUGGAACUGCGUUGUACAUACAAUCCAGGGAAACUGUGAAAAGCAAAUUACUUUACAAGAUUUCCAUUUUUUUCUCCCAUGCUACUUUACACCACAUUAUCAUGCAUUUCCAAAAGCCUAGACCAUUUUAUACAACUGGUUAAUGCAUCUUUUUCCUGGGCACACUUUCCAUGGGGUUGUGUUUGAAGUAGAAUCUAUGGGGAAAAAAUCCAAAACAGUCAGACCCCUGCGAUCUCCGAAUUAUAAGGUCAUUUAACUUGGAAAACUCCUGAAUGGUCUAUUCUGCACAGAUUUGAUGCUCAGGAUUUUCUGCUUCAGAUUUCAAUGUAAACUGAAUGGCUGAGCACAGCUUCUAAUACUGCACAAUAAAUCUGCGCAGAAUACUGUGCAUGCGAAUAAACCCUAAAAGCAUAAUCUACUUUAAUUUGACCUAAAUAUGUCUUAUGUCCUGUAGAUGUGAUCCUACAUAUGAUGGUGAUGCAUUCCUAUAGAAGAAGCAUACCAAUGUAUUUCCAUGUAGCCUUAUACAGUGUGUGUGUAGGCUGGGGGGUAUGUAAAGUCUACCAAAAUAUUUAUUAGAGAUUCCCUUGCUGUGGCACAUCCUUAGGCACUUUGGUCUAAAAGGCGUUAUCCAGAUACUAAAAACUUUCUAUGUUGCUGUGGUUGACAUGAAAAAAUAAUCACAUACUUGUUGACCGAGGUUCCCCAGGGCUCCUACUGUGACAUAAUCUCGUCCCCCACAACUUCGGCUACUUCUUACUUCCGAGAGGAAAACUUCUCUGCAGUGAUGGCUGCUCAGCCAAUCACUAAAUGAGGUGGGACGCUGCAGCCUUCAGUGAUUUGCUGAGCGGCUGUGACUUAAAAGAAGGGCUGGUCUCGAAAGUAAGAAGUAGCCGGAUUUGAGGGGAACCAGUUGAUGUCACAGGGGAAGCUCCAGAGGACCCCAGAAGGUGAGUGUGUUUUUUUUUCUUUUUUUGUGCAAAUAGUGUCUAAAACAGAGGUUUGUUUUUUUGUUUUUCACAUAUAAAAACGCACCAAAAUUCCAGCGCAUUUACAGUAAAAAAUCUUUACUGUUCCAUUAUUUCUGGGGGGAAAUACGAUGUUACAUUCAGCACACAAUCCAAAUGGAUCACAGUACUGAGAACCUUAUGGUUCUCUAUAUGAGGUUUAAAAUGAAUACAAUUUUUCUUUAUUUUAUGAAGAUGAAUUAGUAAUAUAUUUUUCUAGUACAGAGCUCUAUAUUUUUUGCUUAGACUUUUAUGUAAAGGGACACUAAACCUGGAAAUAAAUAGUGAUAGUAAACAAGAAAUUUACUUUCCCUCAAUGUUUCUUAGUCUGCAGGUUUUCCUACCUGCAGUGAGCAUAAGGGUUAAUUUUCUACAAAUUUGCUCCACUUUUGACUGCACAGCUGCUAAGGAAGGGAUUAAUUGGGGCUGGGGAGGGGGUGGCUUACUAUUAGGGUAAUGUGCACCAAAUAAUUGGCUUACAUGAAUUGCACCAAAUUUAUGUUUUUUUAGGCAACUAGCAUGGGGUUUGUACAGUUCCACACGCAAAACUUAUGGCAUAAUAUUUUGGCAUAAAGUAAGCUUAAUAGUUGGUCUUGGCUGAGACUAGACAGUCUAAAGAUGUGCCAGAUUUAGCAACAGCAUGAAACAAUGGCAUGUUUUUGGACUGUCUAGUCUGUUUGCAGUAAUUUAGACAGUAUUAAUAAACCUACCCCUCUUAAAGGAAAUCUAUUACCGAGAUUUUUUCCUGAUUAGAGACAGACACUGAAACAUGUCAAUUUUUUUCUCAUCUGUUUCUAUUCUGUAAUUGUAUUUUUUAUUUAAUUGUUUGCGCAUUAUUAUGGGGGGGGGGCUGUAAUUUUGCCCAAGCCCUUUACAGCAAUAGACAGGACCUGUCCCAUUCAGAUGAAUUGGAGAUGCUAUUUGGCAUGCUCUGGGACCCUCCCAGAGGGCAUUCUACAAGAUGGGGGUUGCUGAUCUCUGCUGUGAAUGGUGGUGGAUCCAGACUGUUGUCACCUUUCACUGUACUCCUGGAUUUACUUUAAAGAAAGGCAUUACUGGGAAAUGAUCUGCACAGAACAGGAACUCUCAGUUUUGUUUUUGGCCUUUUGGCUAGAAUGAAAACUGCAAGAUUUAAGGAUUAUCAUAAAAUAACAAAAAAACAUGGUAAAAAUAGAAAAUUUUAAAAUACAUCAGCAAAAAUUCUUAAUACCUUAAGAAAUUGUGAUGAUACCUGGCAUUAACCCCCUUAGACGCGGCGAUCAAAGUUGAUCGCCACGUCUAAAACAAAACUAAACCGUUCCCGGCAGCUCAGUCAGGCUGUUCGGGACCGCCACAGUGAAAUCACGGCAUUUCAAACAGCUGUAUGGAUGGGGGAAGGUUCCUACCUGCCUCCAUCUCUGUCUGAUCAGCGCUCUGCUGCUCCAUGCUGAAGAUCCAGGCUGGAGCAGCAGAGCACCGAUAACACUGAUCAAUGCUGAUCAACACUGAUUGAACAGUGUAUGCAGUCCCUAUGGGGACUGAAAAAUGGUGUAAAAAAAAAAGUUCAUCAAUAGGAUUUAACACCUUUCCUAAUAAAAGUUUGAAUCGCCCCCCUUUUCCCAUAAAAAAAAUGUAAACAUAAAUAAACAUAUGUGGUAUCGCCUCGUGCGUAAAUGUCUGAACUAUAAAAACAUAUUGUUAAUUAAACCGCACGGUCAAUGGCGUAUACGUAAAAAAAAAUUCUAAAAUCCAAAUUUGCAUAUUUUUGAUAAUUUUGUAUACCCAAAUUUUUUUUUAUAAAAAGCGAUCAAAAAGUCCCAUCAAAACAAAAAUGGUACCAAUAAAAACUUCAGAUCACCGCGCAAAAAAUGAGCCCUCACACAUCCCCGUAUGCGGAAAAAUUAAAAAGUUAUAGGGGUCAGAAGAUGUCCAUUUUAAACAUACUAAUUUUGGUGCAUGUAGUAUGUAGUAUGCAUGUAGUAAAUAAAAUAAAAAAAAAAACUUUAUAAAUUAGGUAUACUUGUGAUAGUAUGGACCUACAGAAUAAAGAUAAGGUGUCAUUUUUUCUGAAAAGUGCUCUGUGUAGAAUUGGAAGCCCCCAAAAGUUACAAAAUGGCGGAUUUUUUUAACCCCUUAAGGACCAGGGGUUUUUCCGUUUUUGCACUUUCAUUUUUCCUUCUUACCUUUAAAAAAUCAUAACUCUUUCAAUUUUGCACCUACAAAUCCAUAUGAUGGCUUAUUUUUUGCACCACCAAUUCUACUUUGUAAUGACGUCAGUUAUUUAACCCAAAAAUCUACGGGAAAACGGAAAAAAAUAUAAUUGUGAGACAAAAUUGAAAAAAAAAAGCCAUUUUGUAACUUUUGGGGGCUUCCGUUUCUAUGCAGUACAUUUUUCGGUAAAAAUGACACCUUAUCAUUAUUCUGUAGGUCCAUAUGAUUAAAAUGAUACCCUACUUAUAUAGGUUUGAUUUUGUCGCACUUCUGUAAAAAAACUACGUGCAGGAAAAUGUAUACGUUUAAAAUUGUCAUCUUCUGACCCCUAUAACUUUUAAUUUUUCCGCGUAUGGGGCGGUAUGAGGGCACAUUUUUUGCGCCAUGAUCUGAAGUUUUUAGCGGUACCAUUUUUGUGUUGAUUGUACUUGUUGAUCGCGUACGCCAUUGACUGUGUGGUGUAAUAUGAUAUAUUUUUAUAAUUCGGACAUUUCCGACGCGGCGAUACCACAUAUGUUUAUUUUUAUUUACACUUUUUUUUUAAUGGGAAAAGGGGGGUGAUUCAAACUUUUAAUAGGAGAGGUGUUAAAUGAUCUUUAUUCGCUUUAUUUUUUUUUUACUUUUUUUUUUGCAAUGUCAUAGCUCCCAUAGGGACCUAUAACACUGCACAUACUGAUCUAUUACAUUGAUCACUGGUUUCUCAUAGGAAACCAGUGAUCAAUGAUUCUGCCGCUUGACUGCUCAUGCCUGGAUCUCAGGCACUGAGCAGUCAUUCGGCGAUUGGACACCAGGAGGCAAGGUAGGAGACCCUCCUCAUGUCCCACAGCUGUUCGGGAUGCCGCGAUUUCGCUGCGGCGAUCCCGAACAGCCCCCUGAGCUAACCGGCAGUGAUUUACUUUCACUUUAGAUGCGAUGUUCAGCUUUCACUGCCGAGUCUAAAGGGUUAAUAGCGAGCAGCACCAAGAUCAUUGCUGCGCGCUAUUAGCCACAGGUCCCGGCCGACAUGGCCCGACCCGCUAUGACGCAGGGCCACAUCGUGGCCCCGCGUUAUAGAAAGGGAAAGGACUCAGGACAUACCGGUACGUCCUUGGUCCUUAAGAGGUUAAUUAUGCCCCACAAAUAAUUUUUCUUCUGCUUUUGCCGUAGAUUUUGUGGUCAAAUGAUUGAUGUCAUUACAAAGGAAAAUUUGAUGGCACAAAAAAAAGCCCCCUUACGGGUCUGUAGGUGGAAAAUUGAAAGUGAAAUGAUUUUUAGAAGGUGAGGAGGAAAAAACAUAAGUGCAAAAAUGAAAAAUGGCCCAGUCCUUAAGGGGUUAAGAAAUGUAGUUAACAUAAAAACCUCAUGUAAACAAUAGGUCAUUUUGUGAUGACACAUUCCUUUUAAAAUAUAACCUUCUGUUUACCUGCAGCCACCAAUAGAGAGCAGUUAGGAGCUUAAAGGGAUUGUUGUUUCACUGAUUGCGGCUGCUAAAGGUGAUCGGAAAAGCCGAAAGCAGUCAAAGCAUAGAUGUUAAAGGGGUUCUCUGGUGCUUACACAUCUUUUCCCCUAUCCAAAGGAUAGGGGAUUAGAUGCCUGAUCGCGGGAGUCCCGCCGCUGGGGACCGCUGGGAUCUUGCACGCGGCACCCCUUUUGUAAUCAGUCCCCGGAGCGUGUUCACUCCGGGUCUGAUUACAGGCGACCACCGGGCCGGCGGUGUGUGACGUCAUGCCUCCGCCCCCGUGUGAUGUACCG